CUGAUAGUCAAAAACAAGGCUCUCUGUCAGUCUGUUUCAUCCCUCACACCCUGUCACAGCUCCAUUAAAAGGAGAAGAGGUCCAGCCAGCUCCCCUGCUUCCCGCCCACCGGCUGCCUGUCCACACUGUUCGCGCCCCAGUCAUAGUCAGAGUACUCGAUCCUGAUGGGCCGACUCUCCCGGUUGUCAAGUAUGUCCUGGAUGGCCUUGCGAGUCUCCCCCUGGUCCUCUCCCAGCUGGUCUGCUACCCAUGUAAGCAGCGCGGCCGGCUGCUCUGAUUUGUCCACUGGUCCAGUGAAGUCCUGCGGGUACCACUUGAAGAUGGAUGAGAGCCGCACUGUGCCCUUCGUGACAUGGCAGUUGUCAGAGGCGCUGAGGAAGGCCCCUGUGGCGCUGCGGAGCUCCUUUUCCAGGUUGUCGGCAGAGAAGACCGACACGGGUGGGCAGCCCCGGGAGCCACAGUUGAGGGCGAAGUGUAUGCGAGGAUCAAGGGGGAUCUGGAGGGCAGUGCGCGGAUCGCCUUUGGGGAAAGGGGCCGCACCGUUACGAAGGAUGCCAUUCUCUGAGCACACCCAUAAACCACAGAACCAGAAGAUGCACAGUUGCGCACCCCAGUCGUGUUUGCAUGGUUGCUCACCGAUGUCGUCGUUGGAUAGAUCGACCCCCCCGAUGCGAUAGGAGACCUUGCCUGUCUUGAAGAACUGAUACUUCUGCCACAGUGAGGUCCCAGGCGAGCCGAACACCAGCACACCGUGGAAAGUCAGGCAGUUGUAGAGAUUGAUGAAGAACGCCCUCUUUUCCACAUCCGUCAGCUUCUCCAGCCCUUCUACUGACUGCAGCUCCACUGCAAGCGCCAGGUAUUUAAACCACUCGUCGAUGCUCUCAAGCUUGCUGUAGUCGACCGAUCCGCCGUCCACCGUCUUCUCCUCGAUCAGCGAGUAGACUCGGCGAAGGGCACUGCUCAUCUUCAAUGCGUCGCGCGGCUCGCCUGACGGCUCGGCGAAGAGGUUGAGCGGCCGCGUGACGGCGAUCUCCUUCAUCCCUUUGAGCUUGUGCGCAAGGUCGUCAAGCUUCUUGUCCCAUCCCGGGAUGUUGCCGAUCUUCUCGGACGGUGUAGGGUGGAUAAGGACCCGAGCACUCUCGGGCAGCCGCUCAGCCUCCCUCACCCGCCCUUCAAGCUGGUCCUUCUUUUCCGCCAAUGCUGAGAGAUCGUCAUAGCCCCCCACAUAGCCACCAUUGAUGAAGAUCUGAGGGACCGUCCGGAUGUCAUUCUGGCCCGCACGCUCCCUCGCCUCGUCGAAUCUGUCUGGCUCAGCUUCCACAUCCACCAGAAGAUACUCGAUGCCCCGCGACUCAAGGAGCUCCUUUGCACGGCGGCAGAACUGGCAGCCAGCUCGGCUGUAGACCACAACGACAGGUGCACUCGCAACUGGCACCGCAGCUGCUGCUGACGAGCUUGCGAGGCGAAUGCAACUUCUCCUUCUUAAUGCAACGAGGGGCGGGGAUGGGUUGAUGAAGAGCGGGAGGCCAGGCGGGAGGGGACGCGAGGAGAUGGCCCGCAGAGAAGACACCGCCUCCCGGACAAGCACUGCGACGUUGAGGACAGCCAGGAAACUCCUCCGCAGGUAGGGGUAAGCACUCCGCACCAUCAAUCGAUGAAUGACAAGGCUACAAGAGGAUGGUUAGAG